GAAGGGGGCGUUGGCCUGGAGACGCGACGCCGGCAGCGGGAGGCGCGUUGCAGGCACCAGAUCCACGGUUAUGCUGGGCGUAAAACCCUCUGUGUUCCUGCUGAUGGUCAACGGACAGAUCGAGAGUGCAGAUUUUCCUGAAUUUGAUGAACUGUAUUGCAAAUAUUCUUAUGUCUAUGGACAUGACUGGGCUCCAACAACUGGUCUAGAGGAAGGGAUAUCCCAGAUCACAUCUAAAAGUAAGGAUUGCAAUCAAGGCUUUGUGUGGAAUUUCCCCAUGGAGAUCACAUUCAAGAGCACCAACCCAUAUGGUUGGCCUCAGAUAGUAAUUAGUGUUUACGGAGCUGAUCUGUUUGGGAAUGAUGUGGUCCGUGGCUACGGAGCUGUUCAUGUUCCCAUGACUCCUGGAAGGCACAAGAGAACCAUUCCAAUGUUUGUCCCAGAGUCUUCGUCCAAACUGCAAAAAUUUACAAGUUGGCUCAUGGGAAGACGCCCAGAAUUCACAGAUCCUAAAGUGGUUGCACAAGGCGAAGGAAGAGAAGUUACACGGGUUCUGUCGCAAGGAUUUGUUACCGUCUCUUUCAACAUUGUCACCAAGGAUUUGAAGAAGCUGGGAUAUGACACCAUCCCUCCUAACAAUCAGACUUCUGCCAUGUCCGAUGGUUAAAUGGAAUUGCAGCAUGAUGAACCAAAAGCAGAAUUUCUAAUUAGGCAUUUAGAGACAAAGAAAGAGUUAAUGUUUUGGGUCAGUGCCAUCUCAUCUGAACUGGGAAUAGUUAGAUUAAAAACAUACUUGUCUAUCUAUUCCCCAUUUGAUUCACGGAAGUCAUCCUCCACAGAUGAUGCCUGAUCUGCUGAGUAUUCUUGGCUGAUGAAUUUCUAUUUGAUUGUCUGGUGACUAUUUAAAUUUUGUUUCUCCCAAAAUGCCAUUUAGUUCCCGAUUAAAUAUGACUCAUGGCCGCAGAUUGAUUGGAAUAUAUUUCACAACACUAUAGUUUCUAAAAGAUCACUCUAUCAUGAAAUAACACAAAGAUACGUUGACGUGUUCUUAAAUUAUUUGUGACUUGUACUGGCAUAAAUCCACACUCGCACCCUAAAAUUAAAUAAUUUCUGUGCUGUAAGUAAACUUUAUAAAUGGAAUUGUCACUUUGAAUACAAGAACAUACACUAAAAUAUCUUCCAGGCAAUUUGUACGUAUCUAAAUGUUAAUUUGAAAAAUUUAAAAGAAACAAGAUUUAAAAAGUGGUGAAAUCUUUUUUUAAUGAUAUGACUAUUUUUAUUCAAAAUUUCUCCAUGCAUUAAUUUUGUCUCGGUAAUACCAUUAUUACCCAUGAGUUAAUCGUACACAGGAAGCAAAAAAUUGUCCUGCCUCAUUGUAAAUAUUUUAAUAUGGGCAAAGAUUUCAAAUGGAGUAUUAAAUCAGAUUGACAAAACAAAGAUGAAUUUACUGUAUUCUUGAUGUUCUUUGCUACAACAGUGCCUGAAAUAAGUUACUGUUAAAGCUCACCAAUAACUACAGUUAUGUUAGUGUGCAUUUUAAUAAGCCUAUCUUCAACACAAAGCUUUUUAUAUGAACUAUUUAUCACAACACUGAAAAUGUGACUUGUUGUAUCCAUGUUUGUCAUUAAAUGUCUAUGAAACGAAUAUUUAAUGGACCAAUAAAAAUAAUUAUUUAAGAAUAAUUAAUUCUAUACAAUGGAAAUAAUUUCAUAAGUGCUCGUGAAUGGUAACUAUUUAGAAAACACGAAGAUCGCCACGAACAAGUGGGAAAUCUAGUUUCCUGGUUUAGAAUGUCUUAUGAGCUCUUGGUAAAAUAUGGAGGGAGUGGGUGGAAACACGCAUCACCUACGUUAAGAGGUGCAGAAGGUCGUGUUGAAGGGACAUUAUGAUCCAAAAAUAACCAGUUAACAGAUUUAAAUGGUUUUAGAUUCCUCUAAGCAGCUGGCAUCUAUUUUGUUUGCUGUUUCCAAGUGAAUUUGCAUUUAAAAUCAAUAUUUCUCCGAUUCACCCAGUUGUAGCCAAUUUGCAGCCCAUCCAUUCAUCUGAUUCCAUACAAUCAGAUCUUUAGUCAUGGAUUCGGAAGGUGUUUCACCAAUAACCUUUUACAAAGCCAAAUAUCUUGUCAUCUACAAGACAAUGUCCAUCUUUCAUUACUUUAAAAAAGUUCAAGCUUCGUCAAAUUAAUUCCCGUGUCAAAAUCCAUGCCGACUAUAUUUUCAGUUUAUCAAUGUACUUAAAUUAUUCCUUCCAUUAUAUUUAAUGCCAUCCACAUCACAAUAAUUAAUCUGUUAUUACUGAAUGUUAUAUCUUAUAUUUUACAAUUAGCAAUCAAAUUUGUUGGCUCCAGUCAUUCAGCACUAAUCCCUUUACCAGAAAUUUUCUUUAUUCCAAGAUGCACAAUUAUCUUCUUUUUUUUUUUAAAGAAAAGGUAGAUUGAUGAACUGGGUGUUAUCUUCAAAUGCUUAUUAAAUAGACUUAUUUUCUAAUCUGGUAAUUACUAGAAAGUUAUUUAUUGCUUUAAACUUUGCUUUAGGCAGUUAAGUUUUAUAUUUGGAUCCUAGUAACAAAGUUAAAGGUGACUAAAAUUUGUUAGAUACAGUAAGAAUUUGCUUCUAAUUUUGCUGGAAUCCAUUCAUCCUUAUCAUUCUGUGCUGUUGUGGAUGUGAUUAUUUUGCCUACACCUUAAA